CUUACAUGUAUGAUAAUAAAAAAGGUCAAUCUGUGUGAGGUGAUUAAUACUAUUAAAACUGAUAUUUUUGUUGUAUCCAUUGCCUAGAAUUUUAUAAGCAAAGCCUCAAAUCCCCCCUUUAAUAUUAUUAUGUGCCCCCCUAAGAUGACAGCCACACCCAACCAGCUUAAGGCAUGGACCAAGCCCCCCCAACUCUUAUUACAAAAUCAAUUUGGCCAUCGGCAAACUCAACCCAAACCUUAACCGUUAUGCUGCUCUCAUACGUGAUGAGCACGAUAAUUAUGUUGGUCAUGCGACUCCCCUUUCUAAGCAGCCAGACCAUACAAUGGCCUUGUAUAAUGGUAUGAUUUAUUUUAUCCAAAUCCUUAAGAACGCUUACUUUAUUAAUUUUGUUUUGGAGGUGAACAUGAAAGACACUUAUGAAGGCAUUACGGGUCUAACCAUCCAGCAUUGGAGAUACUGGUCCAGGAUCCAAAUCAUCAAGAAAAACCUCACAGGAUGCAAUUGGACAGUGGCCCACAUUCACCCAAGCAUUAACAAAGUUGCCGAGUAUAUUGUUUACCAGAACGCUUCGAUUAAAACCAAUACUCAUCAUUUUAAUAAUUUUGUCGGUAUCCUUAAAUUUGAUGCAAUUAGUUACCCUUAUGCUUUUUAAUUGAGUAGGCUUUGGCUUGGCCCUCCUACUCUGUGUAACCUCUCUUUAUUCUAAUAAAUUGGUGGGGUGUUCCUUGGGCCCCACCCCAAGCUCCAUUGGAGUGUGGAACCUUACCGGGUAAAAAAAACCUUGAAAGGGAAACGAUUUCGUCGGAAAACACUCUUUGUAGGAUUGUUUUCAUACCAUUGGUUAGGGGAGGAGCUAGCAAAUUGAGGAGGCUACCUAGCACUCAUUUCUAAUCAAGGAAUCAGUUCUCAACCUUCCUUGGACAAAGUUUUGACCAUUGGAUUGAGAAAGGAAAGUUAGAAGCUCAUUUGAGGUUGAGGCUAGAACUUGUUUCCUGUACUUUUUCCUUGGAAGAUCAUAAAGGAGAGGAGACUUGGUUCAUGCUUCCUCCAUGCUCAUGGAUAUUUUACUUUAGAGCCUGAGUGCUCAUGGUUGCCUCAUGUGGCAUUUGGUUUUAAACUAUACUUUCCGAUGUGUAUUGAAUUGCUUAUUAUGUUUGUUUAUGGAUCACUAUAAGUGUAUGAUAUUCAUUAUGCCUUGUAUGGUUUGGGUAAGGUUGAUCGUGGUUGACUUAUCUAGAUUGUACGACGGUUGUUGAUGUGUCCGUUAAGGUCCAGGCGUGACAGAUGUCAAGUCAAGGAUCACAAGUCAGUUGUACGUUGUCACGUCAAGGGUCACCUCAAGGAGUGAGUUGAAUAUUUUUUUAUACGUGAUUAAGAGGGUUGGGCUAUCAACGAUACAGAUAAUAUGGUUUAUAAAGAACUUGUGCGAAAGCUAUGAUCUUUUUUGUACAGUGCCAACACAUAUGACUGUUCAAUUUUGUAAAGCUUUCUUACCGCCGUCGAAGGAG